AUGUCGACUAUCAAUCGCGGUGUUCGUACAGCUUCAAGAACUCUACGAACCCCCGCCUUCCAAUCGCGAGCUCUCCGCACCCCUCUCGCCUUCACAUCGCGAGCAAACUUCACAGCUUCACCACGCACCACACCCUCUUCCCACCGCCAAUUUUCAGUUAUGGCUGCUCGACAAUCUGGUGCUCCCGCGCCACCCCAGGCAAGAGAGUACGACCCUGAGAUCAAGGACAUCGCAAGCUAUGUUCACAACACACCCAUUGACUCUGAUCUUGCUUUCGACACAGCUCGAUUCGUCUUCCUCGAUACGUUAGGUUGCGGUCUCGAGGGUCUGCGGUUUAAGGAGUGUACAAAGCUUCUUGGUCCAAUUGUGGAGGGGACCGUCGUUCCAAAUGGUACAAAGGUUCCUGGCACACCAUUCCAACUGGACCCUGUCAAUGGCGCUUUCAAUAUUGGUGCAAUGAUCAGAUGGCUCGACUACAAUGACUGCUGGCUCGCCGCUGAAUGGGGUCAUCCUUCAGACAACUUGGGUGCUAUUCUAGCUGUUGCAGACUGGAUUUCGCGUACAAACCGAGCUGGUGGAAACCUUGGCAAUGGAAAGGUCAUAACUGUCAAGGAGGUCUUGGAGGCUAUGAUCAAGGCACACGAGAUUCAAGGUUGCUUGGCUCUUCUGAACUCAUACAACAAGGUCGGUUUGGAUCAUGUUGUACUUGUCAAGGUUGCCUCUGCAGCAGUUGUCUCCAAGUUGUUGGGUCUCUCCGAGAAGCAAACAGCCGAUGCCGUUUCCCAGGCGUGGGUUGAUGGGCAGAGUUUGAGAACAUACAGACAUUCACCAAAUACCAUGUCGAGAAAGUCAUGGGCUGCUGGUGAUGCUUGCCAGCGUGCUGUCAACCUUGUUUUGAAGGUCAUGAAGGGCGAGCCAGGUGUGCCAACUGUCCUGUCUGCUCCAGUUUGGGGUUUCUAUGAUGUCCUUUUCAAGGGCAACAAGUUUGAGUUCCAGAGACCAUAUGGCAGCUACGUUAUGGAGAACGUUUUGUUCAAGGUCUCAUACCCAGCCGAGUUCCACUCGCAGACCGCCAUCGAAGCCGCCAAGCGAAUCCACAAGCAAUUGGCCGACCAAGGAAAGUCAGCAGCAGAUAUCAAGGGAAUUGUCUGCCGUACCCACGAGGCAUGCAUCCGAAUUAUCGACAAACAGUUCAAGCCUAUGGACAACUUUGCCGACCGUGAUCACUGCAUUCAAUACAUGGCAGCUGUCAUGCUCGUUUUCGGACGUCUCGAAGCAACUGAUUAUACUGACGGAGGUGAGGCCGCAACUUCGCCUCUUGUCGAGUCACUCCGCCAAAAGAUUAAGUGUGUUGAGGAUCCUCAAUUCACUGAGGAUUACCACAAUGAGAAUCUCCGUACCAUCCCCAACGCCUUGACCGUCACUCUCAACGACGGCACUGUCCUCGAGGAGAUCGUUGUCGAUGCACCACUAGGCCACAGACUGCGGAGAGACGAGGCCAAGCCAGAGAUCCUGGCUAAAUAUAAGAGACACUUGGGACCUCAUUUCAGCGAAGCAAAAGUUAAGGAGUUGGUUGAUUUGGGCAAUGACGCUAAAAAGUUGGAGAGCAUGGCUGUUGAUGAGUAUGUUGACUUGUAUGUCGUCAAGGAUAGCAAGUUUGUGUAA